CGCGGAGCCCACAACAAAAAAAAAGAAACGCAAAAAACGCAAAAAAAAAAAAAAAAGCUAGCGGUCUUAAGACACUAGCAACCACAGCUGAGCGGUGGCCUUCUGUGCCUUCGCACAUUUUACGCCGACGGGAGCCCAGCGCUCGACGCGAGCGAGCCACAGACACUACGCGACGCCGCAAAGUGCCUGCUGCCCUCAAAAGUAGCUGCACGUCGGCUGGUGGGCAGCAGCAGCCCCUCAAAGGCCAGCGCCUCCGCGGCGCACGCGACGAACGAUAAUGGGCAGCGGUGCUUCAGCGUGCACGGGAACUGAUGGGAGCGGAGCCGACGAGCUCAGAAAGGCGCUCGACAAGGCCUUGCAGCUCCGCGACGGCCUCGAACGUUCGCCGACGGUGGGUUUAUCGGGCGGGCUCGAGUCGCUCUUGUUGAAUAGAACCGUGUCACGCGCCGCUCACACGCGUAUGGACUCGGGAAGCGCCUACUCGCUGCUGAAGAGACGCCAAAAGUCCUCUAGAUUGAGGUCGUCUCGUGUCUUGGCGAGGGCACUUAGCGAGAAACGCGCCGGACGAGCGCUCCGUGGGACCGAGGAGGCGCUGUUCAAGCGGAUGCGCGGGCUGAGCGACGGCGCGUCGAACGGGCUCGCGCCACGCGUCUACGACACGUCGGCCGUGGACGGCGACGACGACAUCCCCUACCUCGCCUCUCCUUCUGUGUCUUCUGAAGGCGCCGAAGAACAGGAAGAUAUUGAUUUAGAUGAUUGGGAGGACGUCGAGGGUGCUGAGAAUGCCGGGCUAUCAGACAACUGUCGCGUCGAUGGCGUCGUCGGCGAGCAGGCCGCCGCGCCGGCCGACGAAGCGCGCGCCGGAGGAGCGCCGCGUGAGGGCGAGGCGACGAGCAUGCAGAUCUUCGUCGGCGACGAGGGCAAGACCAUCACCUUAGAUGUGGAGCCGACGGACACCGUCGACGCCGUCCAGCAGAAGGUCCACGGCAAGACUGGCGUCUUACCCGACGAGCAGCGCCUCAUCUUCGCCGACCAGGAGCUCAGGGACGGCCACCGAACGCUCAUCGACCACAAGAUCCAGCACGAGUCGACGGGCACGUUGUUGCAGCGCGUGCGCGGGGGUGCCCCCAAGAAGAAGCCCGCAGCGGCCCCUUCGUCGAAAAAGGCGGCGGAAGAAGGCCCUCAAAAAGUGAUCUUCAUGGCGACGAAGAAGAAUCAGUUCGAAUCGUGCACCGUGAAAGAGCUGCGCGGGCUCCAUGCCACGCUGUACGAGGACGAGCCGGACAAGGACGACGCCAUCGUCAUGCUGCCCGUCGAGGGCCACGUCCUCUCUGAAGCUAGCGUGCGCGUCGAGGCAGUGGUCGUGAAUGGAAGGCGGCGCCGACUCGGAACGGAGCUGUUGACGAAGACGAAGGACGGCGUGCACUAUGUGGACGCGAAGGACGUGGAUUUGCGCCGUACUGGACAGUACGCGAAGUACCGGAACGACAAAGACGGUGCUAUCAAGUUUCUAGUUGAAGGGUCGAACAUGAGCUACCCAUCUAUUCCUAUCGUGGACUGGGUAUGGGGCGACGGACGUCCAGGUCACUGGGACGCUGCGUCAAAAGCUCUGAAGGAGCGCCGGGGCCAGUCGGCGGCUCAGCGGAAGACGUCGGACCGAAAGCGGUCUGCACCCGAUAGACCACUAGACACUGGAAACGCCGAUUCCGACGACGAGGGGAGAACGACGCUCUAUCUCGCGAGGGAGGAAGACGAGGAGAAUAUGAAGGCGAUCAGGGAGAAGCUCGAGGAGUAUUUGAAGGCGGCGGGCGACAUCGGCGAGGUGCUGUCCGUGCAGCGCCUGCGGGAGACGUUCUUCGACGACGCGACGCUUGAUAUUCAAAUUGGUGCUACUGGUAGAAGUGGGAUUGGUCGGGACCGGCGCGUGAACCUGCUCAUCGCGGGCUUCAAGGAGGAGUGGUCCGAGCUCGACUCCUCUGAACAGGAGAAGUCGCCCUGGCGACAUCUGGACGAUAGUGAGUAUGCCAGACGCGACUGGGCUAGUCAAGAUGUUGUCGACCAGAAGGAUGCGGCCCAGAAACGCUUCGCGGAGGCGGUAGCCGUGUUGGAUGAGGCGGACGCGCACCGCUUGUUGCAGCGCGUGGGCGGCAAGAAGAUCCAAGUGAAGAACCUAGGCGGCGACAAUGAGGACGAGUUGUGUGUCGUGGUGAAGCGCUACACUGCUGGUGAGGUGGCCGAAGAAGGGGCGUCGGACUGGUUCUCAGACGAAGAGGCGAAGCUUGUCUACAAGUACUGCAAGAAGCUAGACAAGGGCAAGCCCGUCAUGGAGGUCUGGCAUCAGUCCGGGCAGAGCGCGAUCGACAUCCUAGUAGCAGUCCAUGACUCGCUGCGACGCCAUCUAAUAAAGCACGACGAGUUCGAGCACCUCAAAGAGUGCCAGUACUUUGUCGGUGUUCACGUUAGGAGUGGAACUGCUUCGUUCGGGACAUUGGGUGGAACUGGUAAAAAGAAACAGACUGUCUUUACUAGAUACGCCCAGUACUUUUCGGGCAAUCAGUCAGCUUUGACUACGAGGCCCAAGCAACGCGUCGAUGUUAGGGGAAGUACACCCGGUGUAUGUGAGGACACGCGCGAGCGCUGGGUCUUAGUAAAUGACGACGGCGCAGCCGAACCAGCGCCGUGCUCUGGGGUCCGCGUGGACGUUGCGUUGGGCUACGGUUUGAAGAAAGGUGAGGUCACGACCCAGUUCCUCCGCGUGGAGCCGACCUGUGAAGAGGGAGCGAACGCCUCGACCCGCGCUGCCACGACUACGGUGGUAUCGCCGACGGCGUAUGCCCAAUUUAAGGCUACGAGGACGGGCACGGAGAAGGUUAAAUCCUGGGGCGUAUCUGGCGUUGAUCUGCGCACCGAUUCCGUCGGGCAAGCGCUGCUGGCGGUCGCGUGCGGUGCGCGGGGCCUCCACAAGCUCUGCCGAUGCUACCCGCUAGCAGCGUUGGAGGUCGUGCCCUGGCCGCUGGCCAACGAGUUCUACGGUACUGGUAGCAUUACUGAGUUCGAUUAUAUGUGGUUGAUCAAGUGGUACUUCUUCGCGAAGCUGGGCGAGAUCGUGGAGUUCUCCGGGGCGAACCGCGAGGGCACCCGGAAGGACGCGUUCGACUGCUCGAUCAAGAAGCGGAGCGGGAGCCUCAUCACUUUACUGAAGAAACGAGACGUGGUCUGCGAGGGCAAGAAGUUGUAUACUAAGCGCCUCGACGAGGACCAGAGACAGCAGCACCAGGAGACGGGCUACUCUGCGACGGUUGAGACGUCGGUGAUUCGCGCCGACCCGACGCGCGUCGACGUCACAAUUGGCGUGCAGCAGUCGGUGAAGGUCGGCUCGACAUCUACGUGGGUGUUUGAUGGCAAAGAUUCGUCGCAACGGGCCGCGAAGUACCGUUGGGACAUCGUCCAAUUAGUGAGGCGCUACAGAACCACGGGGAAGUAUAGCAAGCAGAAGUGCUGGGAGAAGGCGUUCGACAAGAUCCACGCGAGCGCAAAGCACAACAGCUGCAACAGUCGCUUUGUGGUGACUGCUACGGCGAGGUGCGAGGACUCGUCGACGUCUGAAGCUUACUUUGACACGCACCCGAGCUGGAAGCCGGGCAAAUUGAAGGAUGAGAUGGUCAAUGCGAUCAACAAGGAGCUCGCCUACAACGAGAAGUAUGUGAAGGACAAGAAGAAGAAGCACGUGGGCGACGAGCAGUUCAAGUUCAAGAAGUUGGAUGAGGAGGAGUUGAAGCGGCUGCGCAAGUACGAGAAAGAUCUGAAGAAGGCGAUGCCGGACGAGGUGCCGCAACCCGAGGGCACACCGUGGGACGACGCGGUCGCUGCUCACGAAAAGGAAGCUCAGGCUGGGCUGCGCAAGAUGGCCAAGAAGGCCGUGUCCGGCAUUCCGCUGAUGGAUGCGUACAUGGCCUUCCGGCCGCGCCUCGUGGGCGCCGACGUUGCUCUACUCGAUCUCAUGGAGGAAGACCUCGUCAACGCGCGGGCAGGGCGCGCCUUGAAAGUCAUAGAGAGUUCGGAUGAUGAUGAUGACGACGAUGAUGAUAGUAACGAUGGCGACGGUCCCGGUGCGGGCGGCGGCGCGGGCAAGCAGAAGAGGAAGAAGGCCGAGGCGUCGUCGUCCGACGAGGACGAGGAGGAGGAGGUUGCGCCAGCGCCGAAGAAGCGCGCAUCGACGAAGAAGAAGGGUAUCUCGACGACCAUAGAUAGCUCGGAUGAUGAUGAGGACGACGAAGAUGAUGAUGUGCCUGAGGCGGGCGACGGCGCGGCCGAGGAGGAGCAGCAGCUGACGCCCGAGCAUUCGUCGUCCGAGGAGGAUGUGGUAGUGGAGGCGCCACCGCCGAAGAAGAAAGCGGCGUCCAAGAAGCGGAAAUCGACGGCCGACGCGGAGGCGCCGGCGCGGGCGCCGGCGCGCAAGAAGUUGAAGGAGCUGUCGCCGGGCAAGAGAAAGAAGGCGGCCAAGCGGGGCCAAAAGCGAUUCGCGGAGAUCGCGGCGAAGCGCGGGAAGAAGUAGUCUCGGGCCGACGUAUGCCUCACCCGUCCAGAUCGUGGUCGCGGUACUCACCGUCCUCCGGGAACUCACAACGACCUGUACCCGCUUCCCCGUCCCUGGAUUCCGAGCGGUCCCCGUCCCAACGAAAUGACAACCCUAGGGCCCCCGUGGCUCCCGCUUGAGGGGCGCGUAAACUUUACUCGGU